GCGUUCUACGUGGAAUAGUUCACGUCGUCCACGUCUACUGACACGUCCCGACGCCUUCUAACACUUCUUAAUAUCGCCUAAUAAACGUGUUAAGUUUAUAGUAUUUGAAUUUUAAUAUAUUUAUAUCUGUUGCAGACUUUGGACUUCGACAGGGAUGGUCUGACGAAGCUGAAAAAAGCAAUCAAAGCUAUACACAAUUCUGGAAACGCUCACGUCGAUAACGAAGUAUACCUUGGAAGGGCGCUGGAAAGGCUCGGCGACGCGGCUCUGAAAGAACAGGAACCGGAUAUCGGUGCAGCUUUCUUAAAGUUCGCGGUCGUCACAAAAGAAUUGAGUGCUUUAAUGAAGACUCUGAUGCAGAAUAUUAACAACAUCGUGAUGUUUCCCUUGGACUCGGUGCUGAAGGGGGAUCUCAGAGGUGUGAAAGGUGACUUGAAGAGACCGUUCGAAAAGGCGUGGAAGGAUUACGAGGCGAAGUACGCGAAAAUCGAGAAGGAGAAGAAGCAGCACGCGAAAGAGGCUGGCCUCAUUCGGACGGAAAUUACGCCGGCCGAGAUCGCCGAUGAGAUGGAAAAAGAGAGAAGAUUGUUUCAAUUGCAAAUGUGCGAGUACUUGAUAAAGGUAAACGAAAUCAAAACGAAAAAAGGAAUUGAACUACUGCAGCAUCUAGUCGAAUAUUAUCACGCGCAAACCAAUUACUUUCAAGACGGCCUAAAGACCAUCGAACACUUUGGCUCGUACGUGGCGGAUCUGAGCGUCAAGUUGCAAAAGAUCAGACAAACGCAAGACGAGGAGAGACGGCGAUUAACAGAACUGAGGAACCUCCUUAGAAGCUCGGGCUGCGACAAAGAGUUGAACGUAAACGCGAAUGCAGGAUAUUCGCUUCACCAGCUCCAAGGCGACAAGCAGCACGGCGUCACUCGGUCUGGCCACCUACUGAAGAAGAGCGAAGGGAAGAUGAGGAGGGUUUGGCAGAAAAGGAGAUGUGCCGUUCAGGCGGAGGGUUAUCUCGACAUCUGUCACGCGGACGAAAAUAAACCACCCACGAGGGUGAAUUUAUUAACCUGCCAAAUUAAGCUUGUACCAGACGAUAAACGGGGCUUUGAUCUCAUUAGUUACAACAGGACGUACCACUUUCAAGCGGAGGACGAGGCAGACCAACGAGCGUGGAUGUCCGUUUUGGUGAACUGCAAGGAACGCGCGUUGCUUCGAGCGUUCGACGCCAGCGGCAAGGCGGAAGCUGGCAGCGGAAAUCCAAGCUUAGUCGAGCUACAACAGGCUGUGAUCCGGUGCGUGAUGAGGUUACCUGGAAACGACCAGUGCUGCGACUGCUCCUCGCAAAAUGACGCUACGUGGUUGUCUACGAAUUUCGGCAUAAUAGUAUGCAUAGAAUGUAGCGGAAUUCAUCGAGACUUGGGAGUACACAUAUCCAGAAUACAGUCUCUGACGUUGGAUAACGUGGGCACUGCUCAACUACUUCUCGCGCGACACAUGACUAAUCAGGCGUUCAACGAAGUGAUGGAAGCUACAUUGCACCAUAACCUCAAGCCAACGCCAACGUCGACUAUGGAGGAAAGAUACGAGUUCAUAAGGGCAAAGUACGUGGACAAGAGAUACGUGAUGAACACUUGCGCGGAUGAACGAGAUCUGCUUUCUGAUUUAGAGCAUGCCGUUAAUAAUCGUGAUUUGCAACAACUCCUCCAAGUUUAUGCCGAGAACGUGGAUCUGGCUGCACCGUUGCCAACGUCGGAUCUGGGCGAAACGGCGUUGCAUUUAGCCAUUUUGCGCGAGAUGGGAAAUAGCUUGCAUAUCGUCGACUUCCUAGUGCAAAACAUGUCGACUGGCGGUAUAGAUAGGACUACCAUCGACGGAGAAACGGCCCUGCAUCUUUGCGCGAGACACGACAGAGCAGAAGCGAUGAAACUGUUGCUACGAGCUGGCGCUGAUCCAACGCAUCGAAACAAACAGGAUAAAACGCCUCUUGACAUUGCGCAGGAAAUGGGUCAUCAUACCUGCAAAGAAUUGCUGAGUCACGCACUGCAAAGACAGAAAACAUUGUUCGACAACGUUAAUAUCGAUUGGAAUCUCUCUCACGACGAAGGCUCCACAGACUUCUCGGAUGACGAAACGAUAAUAGAAGAUAGGAAUGGAUGUUUAACACCUGAGAAGAAAUCCCGCAGCAGACCGCCUUCUUACGUAGGCGGCGGUGGCGGUGGUACCGGACCAGGAGAUUCCCCGGUGACGUUACGAAGUCGAAGUAGCACUUGCGACAGUUUGCAAAGCGGUUCUUCUCCAAGUUCGUCGACGAACAGACAACAGAUGCCUCCACCGCCACCACCACAAUCAAGGAAACCUGUUGCUGUUCCUGCACCGAUGGCGCCAGAUAUAACAGUGAAUAUCCACGGCUCGCUGAAGAAGAGGGUAGCUCCACCACCACCACCACCGGCUGGAAGUACAGGUGGUAUACCCUCCUCUCAUUAUGGUACACUACCUCCGUCCGCGUCCUUAGCAGCGUCAACGCAUAGCCGUACAACGAGCGAACCGAUCUUAGCUGGGCAUUCUUUACAUACUCUACCACAUGCGUUAAAUACAUUAAACAGUCAGCAUCAUAAAAGAUCGCCCAGUGGAGAUUCUUCAACGGGACACGGUGCGGACAAAGUGAACAGUUCGACGUUACAGAGACCGAGGAAUCCUCCGCCACCAGCUCCAUCUGGGGUCAAUUCGUCGAGACUGAGCAACGGCCGUAGCAGCGAAUCGUUGAGCUCGAUGUGCUCGGAUCACGGUUUGGGGAAUCCCGUUCCUCCUCCACGCAAGCGAAGGGACCGAUCCAGGCUAGAGAGCUACGCCGAGGAGCCUUCAUCUUUGCUCCCAAAUCUGAAUCUGCCAACUUCGUCGACUUUGAGCGGGUUGAGACGUUGCCGAGCGCUCUACGACUGCGAGGCCGACAACGAGGACGAGUUAUCCUUUCGCGAGGGCGAGGUGAUCAUCGUCACCAACGAACAAACGGACGACGACAACUGGAUGGAGGGUGCCCUGGAACGAGCCCCAGAAAGAAGAGGAAUGUUCCCGAUCAGUUUCGUACACAUGCUGCAAGAUUAACAUUCGGUAAGCCUGAACUCGUUGGCAAGUGUUUCCAGUACUGCCAGCUCCGUGAGCAUCGCUAGCCUCGGCAGGAAGAGUUGGAUGCGGAAGCCGAAGGAUUGAACGCGGUGUCGCAGUCUUACUUACUGUCACCGUCCUUCUACGUAACCGCACGGAGUACUACACUGUCAGCAAACUAAUCAGCGACUGUACUUCUAUACUACCAGUAGGCCUGGAACUUUUAUACGUACAUCUGUCCUUCGGCGUUGAUAAACUUUGAAUCUUUUUGGACCAGCCCUCUCUCGCUCGAGCGAAACUGCUACUCGCGAAACUACGCUGCCGCUGAGCGGUGCCAGCUUCUACCGAUCCUGAAUUCGCGUAAUUCGAAUUACGUUAACGUACGCGCUGUACGUAUUUGUUCAAUCUUACCAUCGUCUGCGUCGUGCGAAUACGGGAAUAAAGAUACAGUAACAUGAUUACAAAUAUAUCGUGUGAUAUACCGGGUGAUUCACGAGAAACAGAACACUUAAUUAUCUCAGUUCGACUUGAAGAUAGAAGAAAAUGUUAGAGGAAAAUGUUGUACCGUUUAAGGGGGCAAAU